AUGACAAUCGCGGCCACACCAGGUGCUCCAAGUGCGGAGGUGAGUACAAAGGACGUGGCCGAUCUCGUGAAGCUCUUGAGGCACCCCAACGUGGUCGUGAUCGCGAUGCAGGGGAUAUCCCGCCUGGGCUGCAGGCUGGACUGGACCCGCUGGUGCUACGCUAUCCUGACUGUGCAGGCGCCCAUGGAGGUGAACGAUGAGGCUCGUGCCCCGCCAGAUCGGUUGCCUGAGCAGCCUGCGCCAGGCGAGGUCGGAGCGCCUGGGCCAGCGCCGCCGGCGCCGCCAAACCCCGCCUACAUGCCCGCGCAAGAGCUGCGUGAGUGGUGCAGCGGAAACGGUCAGAGGUUUGAUUUCUGGGCCCAGAUCAAGCAGCUCCGCUUGCACCUACACGAUGAAAGUAAUCAUGCUGCUGCGUCUGAUUUCCGCGCUGGCCAGCGCGAAGAGCUGGAGGGCCUUCAGAAGCGGAGCCUGGGCCACGGAUGCAACCAGCAGGAGGCGCCCCACCUGCGGGCGCGCGAGGAGGCGCUGCUCACGCCCUUAUUCCUGCAGGAGAGCAGCCCCAACCUGCCGAGCCUGCGUCUGGGGAAGUUGAUAGGUGGCAGCAGCUUUAGCAGUCGCAAGCCCCGCAAGAAGGAGAACCCGAGUGGCAACCUGACCACCAUGUUCUGGCUUUGGUCGAGAGCAACCGAUGCCUCGUUGGAGUCCCGAGAGGUUGCGCGCACCAGACUUGAGUGCUCGGCGCACUAUGUCAGGGCGAAGGCAUACGUGGAUGACAGCGCGCAGUCUGUGCAAGGAUCAGAGCAUGCAGGUUUAGCCGAGCCGGUGCCUGCGUCCGUCCACGUCGCGCACCAGCUGCAUGGCAUGGACUGCGCGCUCUCGAUCAAGUUGCAGAGCGCAGCUCGAGAUCUGGGGGCUAUGACUUCUGCGGGCAAAAGGAAGAGUCACUGCCAAGCUGGCGCAGAGACGCAGCCAGGCCUUCAGGAAGGCGAACAACAAGUCUUUUCGAUUAAAGUCUCCGGCGCCGCUCGGGAGCUGCACAAGCCCGGGGCCCUCGCGGCCGGGCCGUGGAGCCAUCGAGCGCUGGGCCUCGCGGGCGGCCAGAUCCAGUCCAGGAGGGCCCAGGCGGCCGCGCGUUCUGGGCGCAGGGGCCCUGGGGCGUGCGCCACCGCGGUUCUGGAUUUGCUCAGCCCCGCCAAACAUGGCCCCCAGUUUAGGCUUCGGUAUGAGCAGAUGUCUGCCUUCGACGAUGUGCGGGGAGACCUACGUGCGGACCACCAGUUUGACGGCACGUUGCCAACUAAGGUGCAGACCACUGGCAUGGCCGACCUUUCUAUUUUGAUCCAGUUGUCGCGCUCGUUCGGUGCCGAGAUGAAGCUCAGCGCGGACACGAAGCAUCUUCUGGAGAGGCGCCUCAAGCAGGCCCUGCAGCCCGGGCAGAUCGUUUUGUGCGCCUUCCUCACGACGAUCAUAUUCGCGUUCACGUACCUCUCCCUCGCCUCCUCGCUCCGCUACAACGACUCCGCCCUGUCCAUCCUCAUCGUGCUGUGCUUUGCGGCGCUGUACGCCGCGGUGACGUACGGUGCCAGGACGCGGUACAAGAACAAGAGACCAGCGCGCGCGUGGAUUGCUGUCGCAGUUUGCGGAUGGACCGCCAUCGUGGCUGGUUACAUCAUCGGGGAGCGGGCUUGGUACAUGUACACCGCCCAGUAUUUCGUUUACGGCAAGAUGGCUAGCUACGUCAACGUGGAUCCCAUUCAAGACAAGGGCCGGUCGUACAUGGACUCUGGCGUCAUCUACUUCAAGGAGGGCUCCUACGUGGACGCGAGGAAGUCGGUCGCUUUCCACAACGGCCUGACGUAUUGCGUGGCCCCCAUCAUGCGCAGCACCAACGGCACGCUGGCCACAGUCGACUUUUGGGCUGUAGGCACCGACUGCUGCGGCGAGAGCGGAGCGCAGUUCACUUGCGGCGACAUGGGCUCCAAGGCGCGCUCUGGGCUCCGCCUCCUGGACGACACCAGCAGGGCGAUGUACUUGUUGGGCGUCCAGGAGUGGAGCGCCACCGCGGGCAUACGUGUGGACCACCCCGUCUUCUUCCGGUGGACGCGGGACCCGAUCACGUACCGCGAGGAGACGUACAAUCUGGGGUGGUCGAACUUCUGGUUCUAUGUCACGCUCUGCUUCGUGGCGUCGUUCGUCGCCACGUUCAUGAUUCACAGCGCCCUGCGCCGGGCACGCGUCGUCUGA